AUGAGCGUAAAAAUGAUGUUAUGGGUUAUUUCCAAAGUUGUAGUUAAAAAAAGGAAAGCAACUGACGAAUACAACGAACUACUAAAGAAAUACAGAAAAAAAGAAAUUACAUUAGAAGAAUUCGGACAAGAAAAACCUGACUAUGUUAUGGAGUAUAAAAAACGCAUAAUCGAAUACGCACAGAGAUACAUACCAGACAGAACCCAUAUAACCGAAUUAUAUCUAAUCAUUGGCGAACCGGGUAUAGGCAAAACAACAUCCGUCACAUCACUAACAAAAAGUUAUUUCAUUAAAACGAGCAAUAUGCAAAAGUGGUGGGACGGAUAUGCACAACAAGAACUAGUAAUCAUAGAUGACUUUUACGGCUGGAUGUCGCCAAAUGAAAUAUUCAACCUUGCCGACUCAAAGCCUUAUCAAGUGCAAACAAAAGACGGCUUCCAGAAGUUCAACAGUAAAGCCAUAAUAAUAACCACCAACAAAUAUCCCGAGCAAUGGUGGAAACCAGAAAUCAUCAACAAAUUUAACAUGAAGGCAUUCGACAGACGCGUCACACUAACAUGGAUCCGAUUCAAUAACCACGAAACAUCAUACUUUAACUACAACUUUGGAAGCAACCCAUAA